AUGGGUGUUUACGUCGAUCUCAAAGAUCAAGUCGAAUUGCUAAUAAAACCCGCCAGAGAUGUGACAAACGUGACUGUUGGUGAGGAAAACGACGGAAAUGUUAGCCUGAAGUUUACACCCAAAGUACCUGGGGCCUACAGCAUUGUAGUGAAGAUUAAUGACGAUAAACUACCGACCUGUCCCAUGACAGUGCAGGUAAAAGAACGUGAACUUGUUGUGGUCGGUGGGUUGAAGUUAAAGCUCUCCCCAAGGGACUCGCUGGAAUGGUUAUAUGGAAUUGCUGUGAAUACAGAAGGCCAGAUAGUUGCCACAGAUAACUUUAGCAACUGUGUUUAUGUCUUUGACAAAAAUGGCAACUGUUUGACAACGAUUGGAAGCAAGGGUAGCAAUACAGGACAAUUUCAGUACCCUGAUGGCAUUUCGUUUUUAAAUGACAACGAAGUCCUGAUUGCAGACUCAGGCAAUUGCAGAAUACAACGACUUAAUAUUCAGACAGGAACUGUUGUGAAAAGUUUUGGACAAGAAGGCAGAGGAAAAGGAGAGUUUGGCUGGCCAAGAGACGUUACUGUGAAUGAUAGAGAACGAAUUGUUGUAACCGAGUAUGGCAAUGGUAGGAUACAGGUGAUGUCAAAGGAAGGAGAGUCUAUUUUCACAUUUGGAGACAAAGGCCCAGAGAAACUCCAUCAUCCAAACUGUUGCAUUCUUCACAAAAACAUGUUUCUCGUAUCUGAUGCAAGUAACCACUGCAUCAAAGCUUUUGAUCAAACAGGAACAUUCUUAUACAAGUUUGGCAAACAAGGGAAUCAAGAUGGACAGUUUAAAACGCCGCGUGGUUUGCUUGUAGACAGCUCCAAUCUUCUAGUAUGUGACAUUGGCAAUAAGCGAGUUCAGCAGUUUUCUUUAGAUGGUCGCUUCAUAGGCAGUAGUAUCACUUGUUUAACUAGUCCUACGACAAUGACAAAAGCACCAGACGGGUGCAUUCUUGUUAUUAGCUGUGAAGAGAAAAAAGUGUACAUUUUGAAAUAGACUGCUUUGAUUUCAUGCCCAUAAAGACUUGCUUGAAGAGUUCUCAGUACGUCCCUGAUUACUCAGCGAACCUGACACUCAUUCGGUGGAAGAGGCGAGUUCUCAAGGUUGGUUUUUAAACGUUGUGAAUCGUAUGUGCCACAACAGACCUAAGAAGCUUUUCUUAAUCCUGCAACAAUGGUUUGAUGGAUCACUCUUUGCCAGAAUCACUUUACCGGAAAGGUUCGCAUUUUUGUUCUUUCGAGCACUACUUUCAUCGUGAGAUACAAUUUUUGGAAAAAAAAAAUGGAAAGCUUUGACGAGUAAAUGUAGCAGGUUUUUUUUUUUUUCUCAUGUCUUGGUAAUAUUUAGCCUUCCUUUAGGAAAAAGGCAUAACAAUAAAGCAAUAGAAAAUAUACAAAUAAAUUUAUCAACAGAUAAAAAAGAGUGACGUAUAAACAAAUAAAUAUACCUUGAUUGGAAAUAAUUGUCGUCCCAUUUCUUCCACUAGACCAUCAGAAACGCAUGCGCAUUGCUGGAUAAUUGGAUCUCUUGUUCAAAACUGAAGAGUAAAACCUAAAUGAAGUGCUUAUUGAUAGAUACGCUAUUUUGUCAUGACGAAAAUUUUUCGUCUUGAAUGUUUUUGAUUUACAACCAUAUAGUAAGCUUUGAAGCCCUUUUGUCACGUGCGUUGCGUUCCCAAUUUGUUUAUGGUUCAGUUAUACGUACCUGGUACCAGUUCUAAGAUGUCAGAAAACACAGAAACGCCACUUCAAAUAGAUGAAUUACUUGGAUUAAUUCUUCGUUGUAGUUGUUCUUUGAAAAAACACGGUGAAGGUACUUGUUCUCGUCGGAUAAGCUGUCUGUCGUAUUGCAUACUAGUUGCGCUCGUCGGGUAAGAGUCCUGAUAGUAGUGGCUUUGUGUAAUGUCGGGUUGUAGGAUGACUCGUCCAGUAAUCUGUCGGUAUGCUUCGGUUCCUGUAAACCGUUGUCCGUAGUGAGUUGUCGUCACGGCUUACUAGGCAGUCUAGAAAAGGUAGUUUACCAUUUUCUUCGACCUCUCAAGUAAACUGCAUCUCAGUGUUUUGUUCGUUAAGGUAGUGGUGGAAUGCGUCUAUUUUGUCGUGUCGUACGGCGGUGAAAGUGUCGUCGACGUAAAGCAACCAAAGUGGUAUAGUCUGUCGGCAAGUCGAAAGUGCGCUUUCCUCGAUGUUCUGCUUCACAAUUUUUGCUACAACAGCAUAAACUGGAGACCCCAUAGCUGUACCGUGUAACUGUUUGUAGUGUUUACCAUUGUGCUGAAAGUAAGUUGAUGUCAGGCAAAGGUUUAGUAAGUCCAUAAUGCCCUCUUUCGGUAGCGGUAGAGGGUCAGUAGAUUCCAGGAUAGCAGUCUCAGAACAUUGUAGUGCCAGUUGAAGUGGAAUACUUGUAAAAAGCGAUUUCACAUCAAAUGACACUAGUUUGUAGUCGUCAGGUAUCUGUACAGUCUUAGUGGCGUUAAUGAAGUCCUCGCUGGAUUGUUGUUUUCGUUUGGAUUUUUCGGUGAGCGGUUGUAGUAUUCGGUACUUGGACAGUUGGUAUGUCGGAAAACCACGGAAGGAAAACAAUAGGUCGCAUUGGGAAACCAGGUUCAAAACCAACCAAUCACGACUGACCUACGCCACUUGAGUCUUAAAGCCAGUAAGGUUGUCGAAACUCAGGUUGUCGAAACGUCAGUCACCACUACCGACAACGGUCCUUCUCAGGACUACACUCACCCGGACGAUCAAACUACACUAUUAAAUAGUAGUAAUAAAGCAAAUGUCUUCGAAUUCCAUAAUCAUGGAGUCAAAACACGCCCACUCGGAUACGGUUUCCCUACACGCCAGAUAAAACUGUUUGCGUCGUCAAAAUUAGAAGGUUAACUUGAUCGAAAUGCAGCAAAGUUGAAAAAUUACCUGAUAGAAAGCCUAGAAAACUGACGACGUUCAUGUUAAAAGACAUAAUUGUAGUUGCUUACCCAGGCUCCCAAGUGUCUGCUAAAGUUACAAAAAUUUAGUUACAAGUUACAAAAAUAUGCGAUUUUUCGAGUAAUCUUGUCCCUUAAGUAUUUAACACUGAAUCAGGAGAAGGUAAUGGCAUUUUUUUCGACACCACAAACUGCUCUUAAGCAGGAAGAACCUAGAAAUAUGAGUGUUCCUCUGAAGGUUAACUCCAAAAAGGUAGGAACGAAGAUAGAAAAAAGUAUCCUCUUUUAGUAAGAACAUAGACAACACAAGUGUAUAAGAAUUGUUAAGGAUACAGAAUUUUAACAAGAGCCGUUGAAAGAGUUAGUUUAAAGAAGUUGAGCAAAAUCUUUGACAUCUAAUCACGUCUGGUCGUAUCGUAAUCGAUAAUAAUAAUAAUGAUAAUAAUAAUAAUAAUAAUAAUAAUAAUAAUAAUAAUAAUAAUAAUAACAAUAAUAAUAAUAAUGAAAAAGCGGCACUGUAAAUUAUAGAUCUACUAACCUGCUCACUUCAAUUUUUCCGACAUAUAUUUCAUUUCACACUUCAUGUAGCCGGUUAUUAAAACAAAGUUUACCACCCAUUCAUUCAAACUGCGUUUUCGGUAAACAAUCUUAAGUCAAGCAGAAAAUAUCACCUAAACCUCAAGAUUCAGCGACACUGUUGAAAGGGCUCAUGUUUAGCACUAACAGGAAGAAAAACUUACAGAUAAUCCUGAGGAACUUUUAAAGUCAAUUGGUCAUCAAAAAGGUAGUCUGCUUUUAAAUAUCCCACACUAGUUUUCAACAUAUAUUUUGAUAUCGUAGCUUUCAAUUUAAAACUUGUCAACCUUGACCAUUUUUGCAGACUGUCCAAAAAGAAAAUUUUUAGACAAUAAGUCAAAACUCAUAUCAGAAAAACAAUAAAACGUUACAGAGGCUCAACUGGGCUUAUGAUCGUGACUGGCUACGGACAAGCAGCUGAAACGGACUUUGUUCUGUUUUCUAGGAAUCUUCUUCGUUCAACUUCGCGCGUCGCUUACGUAUGUCAUUUGUACUUAUUGUCGAUACUGACGGAGCCGCUGAAGAAACAAGUUACUUGUUCGAUUUGCUUCGAUACCUACACCGAGCCCAAAACUAUAUCAUGUCUUCACACGUUUUUCUGUGAGUGUUUGGAGAAACAUGUAAGAGUGAGCCAGAAAAAGGGAAAAUUUCGAUGCCCCGAGUGUUAGGCAGUGAUCGAUUUACCAGAUGGAAAUCGCUUCGACCGUUUGCCUAACAGUUUUUUCCAUAAGAGUUCAUUGAAUCGCGCUGUUCGACAGGGUGGUGCGGCGAGUAUAGCUUUACUUGUUAUCAAUGCAGCGUAACCAAUCCCCAGAUGUAAUACUGCUUCGACUGCGAACGAUUCAUGGACCCUGAUUGUUUCAACGCACAUGAAGUGCCCAUGGAGUAAAUGUAGUGCUUUUUCCAUCUCUUCUAUAUUUGCCUUUACUGCAGAUAAACUGAGUCGAAGAUGAGGCAAUAUAUGAAUCAUUUAAUAAAUGAAUCAAAAAUGAUAAAAAAUAGUUCUUAUUUAUCUCUUCCCUUCUUCCACCCCCCCUCCCCCCCCCUCCCCCCCCCUUCUCCCCGGCUCACCCCCAUCCCUCUCUCCUGAUUUCUCACGAACAAAGUGCGAGCGAAAGGGAAGCAUAAUAACCAAGCGACAUGCGGCUGAUUUGCAUAAAUUAGCUAGCGUGCCUUGCUGCAUGACCUGAAGAUAUAAAAAUUUGGAUUCCCAGUCGCUCACGAUUACCGAUGUUGUUAAGUAACAUACUCUAUUCAAUAACAAAAGCGACAGUGCUUACAAUAAAUAAAGAAAUUCAUUCAAACUGUCCGUGCAUGUUUGAUAAUCUCACCCUAAGUAGCAAUUGUCGAUUUUCGUAACGUGACGCGAUUCGUUUCGAUAAUAACUCCGUCCAUUACGAUUAAAACUAUUAAGUUUGAUUUCCAUCGUCAACUACAACGAGUAAAUUGAAGAGGUCAAGUAAUAUAUUGAAUGUGAUCUCUGAGGUCAUGACAGAUGUCCGUUCUGCUUUCUCGGAAAUCUAAAUAUAGUCGUAAAAAGUAGAUUGAUGGUUUUUCAAAAGAAAACUAUUUAUUUUCUGUUUUCAAUGAAUGAUGUCUUCAAAACCAAAAGCGUUUAGAUAUCUGUGUUUUCAAAGAUCUCUGAGAAUGACUAAACCGAGGAGAGACUUGAGAACUUUAGUCGAAUGUCUCGCCGGAGGAAUGCAAAUUACGAAUUAUUAUUUCGGUCUCAGCUGGUAACGUUGUUGCCAGCCAAAUUUCCUUUCAUGGGAGAAGGGGUUGCCACUGACAACGGAAUAACUUAGUCUAAGUUCUGGAAUGCGAUUGGCCAGAAGAAGUCAGUUGUCAUGAAUUUGAGCCGUUUUUAUUGCAAACUGAUUGUAUUAUAGUGUCUAGUCUGUUAAAUCAUAUAUUCAAGUGUCUUAACAGGGCUCGUCGCUGAAAAACGGAUCAGUUUACAACAGUUUAAGGCGUUAGUCAUGAAUUCUCUCCCUAAGAAUCUCAAGAAGCAAGUUACUUGCUCGAUUUGUCUCCAUACCUACACCGAGCCCAAAACUAUAUCAUGUCUUCAUACCUUUUGCUGUGAAUGUUUGGAGAAACAUGUAAGAGUGAGCCAGAAAAAGGGAAAAUUUCGAUGCCCCGAGUGUCAGGCAGUGAUCGAUUUACCAGAUGGAAAUCGCUUCGACCGUUUGCCUAACAGCUUUUUCCAUAAGAGUUUAUUGAAUCUUCUCGCUGUUCGACAGGGUGGUGCGGCAAGUAGCUUUACCUGUUUUCAAUGCAGCGUAACCAACCCCCAGAUGUACUACUGCUUCGACUGCGAACGAUUCAUGUGCCCUGAUUGUUUCAACGCACAUGAAGUGCUCAAGAAGUCUUUUCAAGGACACAAAGUCACACCGGUUCAAGACUUCAAAACAGAAGAUUACGAAGCAUUGUUAAAGCGACAACCGUUUUGUUCUCGGCAGUUCCACGAGAGAGAAAUUACACGGUUCUUUUGCUCGCAGUGUCAAGUUUGCAUUUGUCAAAUUUGCAUAGUCACGGAUCAUCAAAACCACAAAGUUGUUGUGCUCGACAAAAUAGCACACGAGGAAAAGGAUAACAUCAUGUCGGGCGCUAAAUUGAUCAAGAAAUUGGAAAACAAGCUCCGUGAAGUCAUUAAGCAGUUUAAAGAAACCAUUUCGAAGCUGGAAAGCAAUAUGGAAACGGCUAAGCGAAGCGUCAAGCAAGCAGCUGAGGAAAUGAUCGCAGAUAUUCGAGAGCGCGAGCGAGAGGCGUUGGAGUCCCUCGAGGAAACACGCGCGUCGAGACUCCAUAAAAUUAACUCGGCUAAACAGGAAGUGGAAUCCUUAGUAAAACAAAUGAGCCAAGCAGCUCAGUUUGCGGAAAAUCUAGUGCAGGGAACCUCAAGCUCGGAUAUUAUGCAGAACAAAGAAACUUUAAGGACCAAAUUUGAAGAGCUUCUGCGAGUUGAAGUUCCAAAACAUCAGCAGACGACAUUCAUUAAAUUCACUGCAGCAUCUCACAAGGACUUGAAACUGGGUUUCAUUGAAGUCACUGAAGACAAGGACUUGAAACUGGGUUUCAUUGAAGUCACUGAAGACGCAGCAAAGGCAGCUAAAUCAACUUUAGAAGGACUGGAUCAAACUUUCCAGGCUGGUGUAGAAGCAGAGUUUACGUUAUAUCCAAAGAAAUCUGGAGAUGAGAUGAGUAACCAGGCUGAUCUUAAAAGUCGAGUUGAAUUGCUGGUUAAACCCGUCAAGGAUAUUACAGACGUGAUUGUCGAAGAGAAAGAGGACGGCAAUCUUGCAUUGAAGUUUACUCCCAAAGUAGCUGGCGCCUAUAGCAUUGAGGUGAAGAUUAAUGGCGAUAAACUAUCGACCCGUCCCAUGACUGUGCAGGUAAAAGAACGUGAACUUGUUGUGGUCGGUGAGUUGAAGUUAAAGCUCUUUAAAGGGAACACUCUUGAACGGUUAUUUGGAGUUGCUGUGAAUACAGAAGGCCAGAUAGUUGUAACAGAUAACUUUGGCCACUGUGUUUAUGUCUUUGACAACAAUGGCAACUGUUUGAGAAAAAGUAGAGGCGAGGGUAGCAAUACAGGACAAUUUCAGUACCCUAAUGGCAUUUCGUUUUUUAAUGACAACGAAGUCCUGAUUGCAGACUCAGGAAAUUGCAGAAUACAACGACUUAAUAUUCAGACAGGAACCGUGGUCAAAAGUUUUGGAAAAAGAGGCAGAGAAAAAGGAGAGUUUGGCAGGCCAUUAGACGUUACUGUGGAUGAUAAAGAACGCAUUGUUGUAACCGAGUGGGACAAUAAUAGGAUACAGGUGAUGUCAAAGGAUGGGGAAUCUAUUUUCACAUUUGGAGACAAAGGCCCAGAGAAACUUUUAUGGCCAACCUGCUGCAUUCUUUACCAAAACAGGUUUCUCGUAUCCGAUACAGGCAACCACUGCAUAAAAGCUUUUGAUCAGUCAGGAACAUUCUUAUACAAGUUUGGCAAAAAAGGGAAUCAAGAUGGACAAUUUAACUGGCCGUAUGGUUUGCUUGUAGACAGCUCCGAUAAUCUUCUAGUAUGUGACUCUGGCAACAACCGAGUUCAGCAGUUUUCUUUAGACGGUCGCUUCACCGGCAAAAGCACCAUUCGUUUAUCUAAUGUUACGGCGAUGUUAACAGCACCAGACGGGCGUAUUCUUGUUACCAGCCAUGAUGAGAAAAAGGUGUACAUUUUAAAAUAG